CUCACACCGCACCCAAAUCGGUUGUCAGUCACCCCGCCGCGGCGACCACACCAGCAGCACAUGGCACAUUCACAGGAUCGACACGUGACUCAGGUCUGCACACAGAGCUGCCAUCCAACCGCUGGCCAGUGGUCUCCGCAAUGCGCCGACGCAGAUACGCCACAUGCCCACUCAUCCCAUCGGCCUACACACACAUACACAACACAGAGAGAUCCAUAUAACACGCACCAUGUGGGCGGCUGUUGUGCAUUGUAAGCGGCUGUCUGUCGUGUCUGUGUGUGCCUACCUGUGGGAUCUGUCUCCACUCCCAAUGAGGGAUGUGCAGCAGGGUGUAGCCAUGCGGCCCCUCGGUCAGCAGUCGGUGCUUCAGGCGUGAUGUGGCCGUGAAGCGGCGCGCCCGGCGGUAGAAAUGGCUGGACCCCUCGGCCUCAAUCACCAACUGGAUGGACACACACAGGCAGUUAGGACCACUUGUGUGUUUGUGUGUGCGUGUGGUGGCCUCAUGAGACUCACUGGUGGGUCGAAGGAUGUCAGGACGACGUCCAGCGAAUAGGCGCCUUGAAGGAAGGGCACCUGGCAGGCAGAGAGAGGGAGAGGCGGUGUGUGUGUGGUGCGAUGUGAUGUGAUUGACGCACUUCGAUUUGGAGGUCCUGCUCCGGCACGCCGAGGUGGGAGAGAGCAGACACAACCUCACGGUGGAAACCUGACACAGACAGAUGGGUGGACCAUUCUGUCUGCAGCGCCCACCAGCCUUCUCACCCACCCACCCGAUUCGGCAUGUGUCGACGGCCUGAAGAGGUCCUGCACGUGCCCCCCUUGGCCACACACGAAGUGCCCCUCCAAUGCGCGCAGCACAUCCACACACCUCUCAGACACGCCCAAGACGCGGUGGUCCCACUCGCCGCCCCAAUCGCCCGUCUGCUGUCUGCCGUGCAGCCGCAGUGCCGCCAGAGAGGCGAUAAGCUGCGAGACGGCCUCGGGAGUCACGCAUGGGCCUUGCUCGGUGUCGGCAGCUGACUCGUGGUCGUGAGAACUGGCCGGGGGGGCGCCCAGCACUCGAUCAUCGCAUGCCGAGAUGACCUUAUCCAACACACGACCAUCGAUGCGGGAGAAACCUAGCACAGACAAACUGGUGCACACGAGAGAGGACACCAAGGUCGCUUCACCCGUCCAUCCAUCCAUUUGUUGUGUGUGUGUGUGAGUGUGGGUGUACCCGAACAGUGUGUUGACGAUUCCCAUUGGCGAGAGGCUGUCCAGCACCUCUGUGUCGUCCAGCUGCCUUGUCAGUGUGCUCAGCAGGCCAUGGGGCAUCACAUCCAGCUUGGCCAUCGACAGCAGCAGAGACGACACCGCCAGAGGGCUACUUCGGAACGUCUCUGCACGCACCACACACGUGGACAAACAUUGAUGGGAUGGGCGGACGGCAGAUGAAUCCACCAACUCAACUAACUCGGUUCGUGCAUACCUACCCUCUUUGCGGAGGCCAAACGAUGCAGCCAGUGCAACCCGGGUCGUGCUGUCGCUUCCCUCCUCCGUGUGCUGUGGAGACCGGCUUUGCUCGCCGAUCUGAGCAAUACGGUCGGCGGCCUUGUCAAGGAACGGCUCGUCGCGCAGGCGGAACCUGCAUUAACACACACAAGCAGAUGACACACAACACACACAUUCAUACCAGACAUGGCAUGGCCCCACCCUGACUGACGUACGUACCUGGCCAUGGCGUGUGUGAUUUGCGCCAGCUCCGUCAGAUUGAGUUUCUCUACCAGCUGCCCCCUCCCCGUCAGCACCGGCAGCAUCCCCUCCAGCACCGCCGGCCCAUGUGGCGACCCCACACGCGCAAACGCAUUGCCGAUCUGCGCCAGGUGAGCCGCCUCGAACCGAAGUCUCGGCGCCACCAUCUCCAGCUGGUCGUCGGCCGCAAUGCCGCCCAGCCUCGCGCGCACCUCCCUCGCCACGGCGUCGAACAGCGAGCUCACAUUGGCCGCCGAGAGGCCCAUCUUUGGGACGGCAUUGCAUAAGGCCGCCAGGUCGCUCGGGGCGCAUGACGACAAGGCUCGGGGGACCUCUCGCGCCACCAUUUGGAAGAGGGCUGUGUGGGUGUGGGUGUGAGAGGGGCGGGGCAGACGCGUGUAGGUGAGGGAGAGAAUGGACAGGUCGGCGGGCUCGCACUCCGACAGACGACGAGAGACCUCAGUCGCGAUCAGCUGAAAGAGACCCGGCGGGCAAAAGCCGAAGUGCUCCAUCCCGUGCGCAAUCAUGCGGAGGGAUCGCACUGGUGACGAAUGGGCGUGUUUGUGCACAUGGCCAGCAAUCGCCUCGAGAGCUCCACGAAGGGGGAGGGGAGAGGGCAUCGCCGCGUCCAGAUCGCCGUUGCGGGCUGCAUGAGACCCCGUUGUUGCUGCUGCUUCUGGUGGUGGCGCGAGUGUGUCUUGAUCAAGAGUCAUGGGCAGGUGGGCGCUGAACCGCAUGAGGGCGUGGAGUGUGAGGGCCAUGUCCUGCGUGUUGGCCUUGAAGCGACCACACGAGUCCGCGCCGCCCAUCAGGUCGACCACACAGUGGAUGAAGCCCGGGUGGACCACAUCCAUCUUGGCCAGAGCGUUGCACAGCAGGGCCACGUUGCGCGCGUUCAGGGGGUCGCCCGUCUUCUUCUCCUGGACGAACGAGGGCAUCUUUUGAGCGGAUGGGUCAGCGGCAGAAGCGGCAGCAGAUGACAGCAGGCGGACAGCGUGACCGGCCACUGACUGCGCCAGCUCGGGUGCGGCGAUGUCCAUGUUGGCGUAUGCGGACAGCAGGCCGCCCAGGUCGUUGGGAAAGAAGUCCUCCAAGUGCAGGGCGGCGUGCUUGGCCAGCACGCGGAACAGGGGCUCGUCAUAGAUGUCCAGACUGGCGUACGCCGUGACGAUGGAGUACACGUUGUGCGGGGUCAUCUUGGGCAGCAGCCGCGCCCGCUCCGCCCUGAUGGUCUCUGAUAUGGCCUUGAAGAGCUCCAGAUCUCUGAUGGCCGCCUUAGCGAACCCCUUGCAGAUCAUAGCCAUGUCCUUGCACGUGAGCACCAGGCGCACCUCCACUGCCCGCCGGCUGUAGGCCUCCCACAGCUGCGUAUUCCUGUAGCCCUCGUUGGCCGUCGCAUACACAGCGGCGCUCAGCACGUGGUGCUCGAAAUGGCCGACCUCGUGCACAUUGCGGCGGUACUCGGACAGAGGGGACAGCUUGGCAGCCGCUUGCUUGCUCGGCCGAUAGGUGCCGAAGGGCCGGCGGAGCCGAUGGAUCUGGGCGAAUGGCGGAGGCUGCGCAACUGAUGGGAGGGACGCACCCAUACGAGUCGAUCUCCGCCAGUGGUGGUG